ACUUGCUCUCCGACAAACAUGUACCCCUACCAACGUGCGCAAAGUUGGAUAGUAUCUUCCGAGAGGUUGACGACUGUGGCUGAGGCGUGCGCUCUUGUCACCGUCAGAUCCACCUCGCUCGCUUCCUUUGAUGUCGACCGGAUGGCUGGCGGUGAGGGGGCAGAGGGGGCAGAGGGGGCAGAGGGGGCAGAGGGGGCAGAGGGAACUGAUGGCGGUGACGACGGUGAUGGCGACGGUGGUCAAGUAAAGGUAACGUCUGUCAAUGGCUGGCGUGUCGUCCGCCGUCAUCCUCCCUCACGCUCUUGUCAAACUGAAUUCCUCGUGUCUCUCAACAACCGUCGUCCGGUGUGGAAACCAAUCUCUUUCCCUCCUCUGAUCCAAGCGUCCAAAGCUGUCGACCUGUUCCUCCGUCACGCGCCGAUGACGGAACAUCGUUGGGAUAAAGUGGAAAACUCUGCACCGCAAAGGAAAAGGAAGAGAGAGCGUGAGGACGAUGCGGUUAGGGGAGGAGGAGAAAAGAUUACAAAGUCGCUCGACGGUCGAUCUGAUCCGGACAAGGUGUAGGAGGGUUGAAGAGUGUUCGAGGAUAUGAAGACGUAGUGAGCCAUCUAUGUGAAUUAUCGUGAUCAUGUACAUCCUUUUGAUACAUG